CUUGCCCUCUAAGAAAACAUCCGCUUUUGCUACAUUUCCUUUAUUCAUUUCCGGCUGUUCUCGCCUUUAUAACUUUGUAGCACCAAGCAGCAACUCAGCAAGACCCACUCACUCGCACAACCAAGAAUCGGAGAGAGAAAGAGCGGAAAAGAAGCAGAAUGAGCAGCAUCGGAACAGGCUACGACCUUUCGGUCACUACUUUCUCACCAGACGGUCGAGUUUUUCAGAUCGAGUACGCCGCCAAGGCCGUUGACAACAGCGGGACUGCUGUAGGCAUCAAAUGCAAGGAUGGAAUUGUUCUGGGUGUGGAGAAGCUUAUUCAAUCGAAGAUGAUGUUGCCGGGCUCGAAUCGACGAAUCCACUCCGUUCAUCGUCACUCUGGCAUGGCAGUUGCAGGAUUAGCAGCUGAUGGAAGGCAAAUAGUUGCUCGUGCCAAAUCAGAAGCUACAAACUAUGAGAGUGUCUAUGGUGAAGCUGUCCCAGUGAAGGAACUUGCUGAUCGUGUUGCUAGUUAUGUCCAUUUAUGCACCCUCUAUUGGUGGCUCAGACCUUUUGGAUGUGGAGUCAUUCUUGGAGGUUAUGACCGAGAUGGACCACAGUUAUAUAUGGUUGAGCCUUCUGGAAUUUCAUAUAGAUAUUUUGGCGCUGCUAUUGGAAAGGGAAAACAGGCUGCUAAAACGGAAAUUGAAAAGCUGAAGCUCUCAGAAAUGACCUGUAGAGAAGGGAUCAUUGAAGUAGCCAAGAUCAUAUACAAGGUUCAUGAUGAAGCAAAAGAUAAAGCUUUUGAAUUGGAGAUGAGCUGGAUUUGUGAUGAGUCAAAACGCGAGCAUCAGAAGGUUCCUGACAAUCUUCUACAAGAAGCCAAAGCCGCCGCAACUGCUGCACUGGAAGAGAUGGACGCUGACUAAUAUGCUUAUAUGGGGUUAUAACUAGAGAGCCAUGUAUCAAGUGAAACUUUAUGCAGGUUAGGAUUGGCAGUAAUAUGAUGUAUCACUCCUUGAGAACUGUCCCUUUAUAUCAAAAUUGUGAGCUCUGUAGAAACAUCUUUUUAGUUAACGGUCAAAUUGUUCACCCCUUUCGGUAAAUUUAGUUUGGAGGAGGGAUAAUAUUUCUAAUGUUAAUGAGAGGUAGAACCCAAUUCGCUGUGUAUUCAGCUAUUUAUAAAUGGCAUUUCCUGUCGAUGAUUUUACUUUUA